GGUUGAGUGGAUUCACUAAUAUAUGUUCCGAUGAUCAGUACACCCUUUUUAAGUACGGGUGCCCAGAGAUAAAUGUGGUAGCCAGGUCAUAUUUGCAAUUCCAAAAUUCAUUCGUGGAGUAUUUAAACAAUUUCCUACCCCAAUGGAACCGGGAUCGUACAAUACUGGAAUUGCUUAAUUCCAUAGCACUGUUUAACCCGAAUCGUCCCAACCUUAAACAUAGACAUAAUAUUAAACUGGAACAGCAAUUUGUCGAUCAGAAUAUGAUUCUCACGAAAGGUUGUGUCAACU